AUGCGGGUCUUCAUCGGCCUCCUCUCCCUCCUGGCCUGCUCUGUGCUGGCUGACGGGCCCUGCGACGUCAUGAGCGACUCCUGCCGGGCCGUCAUCAACGCGAGCGCCUGCUUCAACGAGUUCAUGGCCGGCGGCAACAAGAACUCAAUGCUCAACUGUCUCGCGGGCACAGAGGGCUCGGCCACGCCGCAACAAAAGGUGAGUGAAGAGUGA